ACACAACAAAUAGACAAACUUAGACAAAAUAAACAUCAUAUUGAUACACAGCAAAUACCUCACCAGCUUUAACAAACCCAACAAAUUCUUUGGAGGGCAUUAAGCCGUAGCUUAUCUCCAUCGUCAUCUUCUUCUUCCUCUGUACAUUUCUCACCGGAAAACUCAUCGGAAAUGGAUCCCAGGAAUCAAUUUUCCGAUAACCCAGAAACCCAAAAACCUCAAGAAGAAGAACAACAACACCUACCCAUUUUACCGAUAGCUUCAAUUUCUCUUGCUUUAUCCACAAUCCUUCCAACCCAUUUCCUUAAUCCCCCUAAAAUCUCAACCCUUUUCAACAAACCCAACAAAGUCAAAAUCCCAACUCAAGUUUCAUCUCUUUCAAAUCUCUCACUUUCAGCUUCUUCUCUUCCACCUACAAAAUCCAAUUUCAAGUCCACCAUUUCUGCUAACCCUCUUCAAAACACUCUAACUCUUAACCCUCUUCGUCCUUCUGAGCCUUCUAAUGCUGCUGGGCUUCGACGAGCGUCGAUUGUUUGGUUCCGUAACGAUCUUCGUGUUCAUGAUAAUGAGUGUCUUAACGCGGCUCAUAAUGAGUCCAUGUCUGUUUUGGCUGUUUACUGUUUUGACCCGAGAGAUUAUGGGAAAUCCUCAUCUGGGUUUGAUAAAACUGGGCCGUAUAGGGCUAGUUUUUUGAUUGAAUCUGUUGCUGACCUUAGGAAGAAUCUACAGGCAAGAGGGUCUGACCUUGUUGUUAGAAUUGGGAAGCCGGAGACUGUGUUGGUGGAAUUAGCUAAAGCUGUAGGAGCUGAAGCUGUGUAUGCUCAUAGGGAGGUUUCACAUGAUGAGGUUAAAGGGGAAGAUAAGAUUGAUGCUGUAAUGAAGGAUGAGGGUUUGGAGGUGAAGUAUUUCUGGGGUAGUACAUUGUAUCAUGUUGAUGAUUUGCCUUUUAAGUUGGAGCAAAUGCCCACAAAUUACGGAGGGUUUAGGGAAAAAGUGCAGGGAUUGGAGGUAAGGAAGACAAUUGAGGCAUUGGAUCAAUUGAGGGGAUUGCCUGCUAGAGGUGAUGUGGAACCUGGGGAGAUUCCUUCUUUGGUUGAUUUGGGGCUCAAUCCUAGUGGCACCAUGGGUCAGAAUGGAAAACCAGCUGCUAAUGCUUCCCUUGUGGGAGGAGAGAAUGAAGCACUGCAGAGACUUAGAAAAUUUGCAGCAGAAUGUCAGGCCCAACCCAGUAAGGAAAACAAGGAUGGCACAACUGACAGCAUAUAUGGUGCAAACUUUUCUUGCAAAAUAUCGCCUUGGUUAGCUAUGGGAUGUCUCUCACCCCGUUCCAUGUUUGAUGAAUUGAAAAAGUCCACUUCAAGAACGAUUUCUGCUGCCUCUGGCAAGAAGGAUGGUGGUAGUGGCACUGGGCUGAACUGGCUGAUGUACGAGCUGUUAUGGAGGGAUUUUUUCAGGUUCAUCACCAAGAAAUAUAGUGCUGCAAAACAAAAUAGUGCUACUCCAGUAACUGCUUGUGUAGGAGCUGCUGCUUAACGAUGGUAUAUUCAAAAGGAGAAUGAAGGUUUCCUUUUUGUAUCUUGAUUUAUUUUUCCCAGAAGUUUAGCCGUGGAAUGUUAGAGUUGAACUGUCAUUAGAUUGAAGCAUUCAUCAAUGGUACAUUUUGUCUUUUGACAAUAAGUGUUGGAUAUAAAAAAAUUUGUCGCCAUUUCUAGCCAGUUGCUCUACAAUCCUUCUUAUGCUACCAAUAUUUAAUUUUUUUCUAAACUUGAUCUGUAGUUGAAAAAGGUGUAUAACAAACAUUCCUGUAGUUGAAAUAUGUGUUCCAUGUUUGAGAUAA